CCCAUGCGCAUUUACGUUCAAUUCCAGAAACAAAAAUCCUCGGUUAUCCAAUUCUGCGUUAGUGCCGCAUUUUAUUGCCCACAUCCUCGCGUGGGCCGUCCAGUGAUCACUUCAACGACCGAAACAACAACGAACGAUGCGCUCUCGUGGUAAUAGAUAACGAAACUUGUUUCUACCAUCUUGUUUCACUUGACUUUCGUAGGGAUGCAGUGUUAGUGAAUGUUCAAAGAGAUAUUCUUGUGUGCAUUGCAACGGAUAUGCCUGCGUACCGACUGGCGUCGAGUGUGAAGAAAAAGAAGCAAUCGACUUCAUUGUUAAGUCACUCGAGUUCUAUACAUUUGAUGCGAUAACGUUUUAGAUGCAUCUAAGCUCGUUACAAGUGUGCACGGCUGUGUUGACGCUGGCGUUGGCGGCAGCAGUGCCUGCCUCCACGCCGCACCACGUCGCUCGCCGGUCCUUCUUCAAUCUCCAAUGUAAAGGUGUCUUUGACGCGGCGAUUUUCGCGCGCUUGGACCGCAUCUGCGACGACUGUUACACCCUCUUCAGGGAACCGCAGCUCUAUAGUCUAUGCCGGAAAGACUGUUUCAAGACAGACUACUUCAAAGGCUGCGUGGAAGUACUUCAAGAAACCGACCAGCUCGAUACGUUCAAGAAAUAUAUAAAGCAGUUAAAUGGGGCGGAUCCAAGGGCUUAGGUCGAAUUGUUUUACUACGCCCUAUUUCAAGGGUUGUAUGGAGUCUUUGUGCCUCAUGGACGAGGAGGAGGAGCUGGAUCAACUGAUCGAUUUCAUCGGCAAACGCUAAUAUCCUACGGACAUACAACAAUUCGCGCCAUCGUUUGACAUACCGCCAUCGUAAAAACGCGGGAAACAACCACAGAUAACAUAAAAAGUUAGGUAUAAUUAUUAGCUAAUGCAGCUACUAAUUACAUCAAACUUGUUCUGUAUAGCCCGCGUUGAAUUAUUUAACGUUUUUAUCGAUUAUUGAUAAGAAAUUAUAAAUUUUCAUUGCUUUGCGUACAAAAUUAGAAUCGACAUGUCGAGUUCCUCCAGAUUUCUAUCCUCAACGUAUUCUAGUCUAUAUCGCAACAUAAAUUUAUUUAUGUUUGCAACUAAUUUUAAUGUUAUCAUAAUUUGUAUUAGAUAAUGUUUAUACAGUUUUAGGACAUUUAUUUUGUGUUAAGUAUAAGCUAUUCGAGCUACGGGAGUGUAAAGUACAUUAAAGAUGAGUUUUAUAAUUAUGUCACCUAUAAAAAAAAAAACAAAAAAAAAACCUGAGGCAGAUUAUUCUGGACGAUGCUGGCCAUCUUUUUUUUAUCUGUCUUGAAAAAUAUCUUCCCGACUGAGAUUGCUGUUAUUUUCGUAAUUAAUUAUGACGCAUUCCAUACACAGUAUUUUGUAAUUAUUACUUACGCUUUUUAACUAAAAAGAUUACAUUAUUUUACAUACCUACUAACGUGAAUUAUAGUAUUUGUGUUUGUAAUAUGACUGUAUUCUAUUUCUGUAUUAUAUUUAGAUUGCUUCUUUAGUUCAUUUAGUUAGUUGUAUUUGUACCUAUUCGUAAAUACAUCGUUUAUCACACAGUGGCUUAUACAAUUUUAUGUAUCUUUUAUUUGUAUUUCGCCUUAUUUAGUUUUUAAUUUCAUCCAUUGUAUUUAAAUCAUGUAACUGUUAGAUCGCUAUUAUAUUUUCGACGCAUAGAAAGACAUUUUGUAAAAUAAGUAAUAUUAUUAGAGUCAAUAUUCAAGCCGGAAACACAAUUUAAAAAAAUGUGCAAUGUAAUAAGUUAACUAUUCAUUAAUCAUACAAUAGCAACACAAUAAAGCCGGUGCUCCACGCUCUUUUCAAAAAGCAGUUUUUCUUGCCAUAGAAAAAAGUAUCACAGAGAAUAUUAUGCCGUCGAAAAAGUUAAGUUUCAAUUUAGAAUUUAAAGUAGUCAUAAGUAUUUAUAAAGAUUUAUUUUUUAUAUACUUCCGACCUAUUUAUUUGUUACUAUUUACGUUUUAUUUAUAAUUAGCGGUAUUUUUGCAGCCGUAGAUAUUACCAGUGUUUUAGGAAAACUCGUUCAUUGAUUUGUUCUGGAUUUUAAUCUUUAAGUUGCGGUUAAUACUUAUUCUGUUAGAUCAACGAACUCUUCUCUUUAAUUGAAUCUCAACUUUGUCUCUUUAAGCGUUUCUUAAAACUGCGGUAUUUUUAAAGCAAUUAUAAAAUGUAUUAAAAGUGGUGCCAAUCUUAUAAACCCAAGAUGUUAUUGCAUAGGUGUAACGAAUUUAGCUAAUUGUAAACAAAUAUUAAACGAUUUAUAGGAACUGUGAAAUUAUUGUAAAAAUAUUGAUUUAUUAGUAAAAUAUUAAUCUAUUUGUAUACAUUUUAUAUGAAUCAGCUAAGAAACGCUACGGGUUCCAUGAAAUAUAUUACAGUAUGAAAAACA